GUGGCGACGGUGGCGGCAGCGGUGGCAGUUGGCGGCGAGGGCGACGGCUCCGAGGCCGAGUGGCGGUCCGGCGGAGACCUCCGUUUCUUCCUCCGCAUGAGCCCCUUGGGGUGAGUGUAUUGGGGAGAGUUGGUUACACAUUCUAGCAAUCUCAAAGUGAUCAGCCUUUUUUGCACUUGAAGAUGGUGAAGCUAGAUAUUCAUACUCUGGCUCAUCACCUCAAGCAGGAACGCUUAUAUAUAAACUCUGAGAAACAGCUCAUUCAGAGGCUCAAUGCAGAUGUACUUAAGACAGCUGAAAAGUUGUAUCGUACAGCAUGGAUUGCAAAGCAGCAGAGGAUUAAUUUGGAUCGGCUUAUCAUAACAAGUGCUGAAGCUUCCCCUGCUGAAUGUUGCCAACAUGCCAAGAUUUUGGAAGAUACACAGUUCGUUGAUGGAUAUAAGCAAUUGGGAUUUCAGGAGACCGCUUACGGAGAAUUCUUGAGUCGAUUAAGGGAAAAUCCUCGUCUUAUUGCCUCUUCUUUGGUUGCUGGAGAGAAACUUAAUCAGGAGAACACACAAAGUGUUAUUUACACAGUUUUUACCUCCCUGUAUGGCAACUGUAUUAUGCAAGAAGAUGAAAGCUACCUCCUUCAGGUUUUGCGAUACUUAAUUGAAUUUGAACUUAAAGAAAGUGACAAUCCCAGGCGACUUUUGAGGAGAGGAACUUGUGCCUUCAGCAUUUUAUUUAAACUUUUUUCUGAAGGACUGUUUUCUGCCAAACUUUUCCUCACAGCUACUUUACAUGAGCCAAUCAUGCAACUGCUUGUUGAAGAUGAAGAUCACCUGGAAACAGACCCAAACAAGCUAAUUGAGAGGUUCUCCCCAUCUCAACAGGAAAAACUCUUUGGAGAGAAAGGCUCAGAUAGAUUCAGGCAAAAGGUUCAAGAGAUGGUAGAGUCCAAUGAGGCCAAAUUAGUGGCUUUGGUGAACAAAUUUAUUGGUUAUCUCAAACAGAAUACGUAUUGUUUUCCACAUAGUUUGAGGUGGAUUGUGUCACAGAUGUACAAAACCCUCUCCUGUGUAGAUAGACUGGAAGUUGGGGAGGUCAGGGCAAUGUGUACUGAUCUCCUGUUGGCCUACUUCAUUUGUCCUGCAGUUGUCAAUCCAGAACAGUAUGGAAUAAUUUCUGAUGCUCCUAUUAAUGAGGUGGCACGAUUUAAUCUGAUGCAGGUUGGCCGCCUUUUGCAGCAGUUAGCAAUGACUGGCUCUGAAGAGGGAGAUCCCCGGACAAAAAGCAGCCUUGGAAAAUUUGACAAAAGCUGUGUUGCUGCUUUCCUUGAUGUUGUGAUUGGGGGCCGUGCAGUGGAGACCCCUCCAAUGUCUUCUGUUAAUCUUCUGGAAGGGUUGAGCAGAACUGUGGUUUACAUAACCUACAGUCAGCUUAUUACUCUGGUGAAUUUUAUGAAGAGUGUGAUGUCUGGAGAUCAACUGAGAGAAGAUAGAAUGGCUCUUGACAAUUUAUUGACAAAUCUACCCCAGGCCAAGCCAGGAAAAAGCAGCAGUUUAGAAAUGACUCCUUACAAUACUCCUCAGCUGUCUCCAGCAACCACUCCAGCAAAUAAAAAGAAUCGCUUACCUAUAGCAACUCGGAGCAGAAGCCGCACUGGUAUGCUAAUGGACCUGCAUAUGGACCAUGAAGGGUCAUCUCAAGAAACCAUCCAGGAGGUACAACCAGAAGAGGUGUUGGUCAUUUCCUUAGGGACAGGUCCCCAGCUUACUCCAGGGAUGAUGUCAGAAAAUGAGGUCCUAAACAUGCAACUCUCGGAUGGAGGACAAGGAGAUGUCCCUGUUGAUGAAAACAAACUCCACGGUAAACCUGAUAAAACCUUGCGCUUUUCCCUCUGCAGUGAUAAUCUGGAAGGAAUAUCUGAAGGUCCUUCAAAUCGCUCCAAUUCAGUGUCCUCUCUAGACUUGGAGGGAGAGUCUGUAUCAGAACUUGGAGCAGGACCUUCUGGGAGUAAUGGAGUUGAAGCUCUACAGCUGUUGGAACAUGAGCAAGCUACAACACAAGAUAAUCUUGAUGAUAAGCUAAGGAAGUUUGAAAUUCGUGACAUGAUGGGACUGACAGAUGAUAGGGACAUAUCAGAGACAGUGAGUGAGACCUGGAGUACAGAUGUCUUGGGAAGUGACUUUGACCCUAAUGUUGAUGAAGAUCGCAUGCAAGAAAUUGCAGGUGCAGCAGCAGAGAACAUGUUAGGCAGUUUGCUGUGCCUCCCAGGUUCAGGGUCAGUGCUUAUUGACCCCUGCACUGGUUCUACCAUAUCAGAGACAACAAGUGAAGCUUGGAGUGUAGAGGUAUUGCCAAGUGACUCAGAGGCACCAGACCUAAAGCAGGAGGAGCGUCUGCAAGAACUGGAAAGCUGCUCUGGACUGGGUAGCACAUCUGAUGACACAGAUGUCAGGGAAGUCAGUUCCCGCCCCAGCACUCCAGGCCUCAGUGUUGUGUCGGGCAUAAGUGCAACCUCUGAGGAUAUUCCCAAUAAGAUUGAAGACCUGAGAUCUGAGUGCAGUUCUGAUUUUGGGGGUAAAGAUUCUGUCACUAGUCCAGACAUGGAUGAAAUAACACAUGGUGCCCACCAGCUGACCUCUCCCCCUUCUCAGUCAGAGUCUCUGCUUGCCAUGUUUGAUCCACUGUCUUCACAUGAAGGGGCUUCUGCUGUGGUAAGGCCAAAGAUUCACUAUGCUAGGCCAUCGCAUCCACCACCAGAUCCCCCAAUCCUGGAAGGAGCUGUGGGAGGAAAUGAGGCCAGGUUGCCAAACUUUGGCUCCCAUGUUUUAACUCCAGCUGAAAUGGAAGCGUUCAAGCAAAGGCAUUCUUAUCCUGAGAGAUUAGUUCGCAGCAGGAGUUCUGAUAUAGUAUCUUCUGUUCGGCGACCCAUGAGUGACCCCAGCUGGAACCGACGUCCAGGGAAUGAAGAACGAGAACUCCCUCCAGGUGCAGCCAUUGGUGCUACUUCUUUGGUGGCUGCACCUCACUCGUCAUCCUCAUCCCCGAGCAAGGACUCCUCCAGAGGAGAGACUGAAGAACGCAAAGAUAGCGAUGAUGAGAAAUCAGACAGGAACAGACCUUGGUGGAGAAAACGUUUUGUUUCAGCCAUGCCUAAAGCUCCUAUACCAUUUAGAAAGAAAGAAAAACAAGAAAAAGACAAAGAUGAUCUGGGGCCUGACAGAUUCUCAACACUCACAGAUGAUUCCAGCCCUAGACUUAGUGCACAAGCUCAAGUUGCUGAGGAUAUUCUGGACAAAUACAGGAACGCCAUUAAGCGGACCAGCCCCAGUGAAGGAGCAAUGGCAAACUACGAAAGUGCAGAGGUUAUGGGUGAUGGCGAAAGUGCACGUGAUUCUCCUCGUGAUGAAACACUGCAGAACAUCUCAGCUGAUGAUCUCCCAGACUCUGCGAGCCAAGCAGCCCACCCUCAGGAUUCAGCUUUCUCUUACAGAGAUGCAAAAAAGAAACUGCGGCUUGCUCUUUGUUCUGCCGAUUCUGUUGCCUUCCCAGUGCUAACCCAUUCAACAAGGAAUGGUUUACCAGACCAUACAGACCCAGAAGACAAUGAAAUUGUUUGCUUUUUAAAAGUUCAAAUAGCCGAAGCAAUUAAUUUACAAGAUAAGAACUUAAUGGCUCAACUUCAAGAAACAAUGCGUUGUGUGUGCCGUUUUGAUAAUAGGACUUGUAGGAAACUGCUGGCAUCUAUUGCUGAGGACUACAGGAAAAGAGCCCCAUAUAUUGCUUAUCUCACUCGUUGUCGACAAGGACUACAGACCACACAGGCUCACCUGGAGAGGCUAUUGCAAAGGGUUUUGCGGGACAAAGAGGUGGCCAAUCGAUACUUUACCACUGUCUGUGUGAGGCUACUGCUUGAGAGCAAAGAAAAGAAGAUCAGGGAAUUCAUUCAAGACUUUCAGAAACUCACAGCAGCUGAUGAUAAAACUGCUCAGGUAGAAGAUUUUCUGCAGUUUCUUUAUGGCGCGAUGGCCCAGGACGUCAUAUGGCAAAAUGCGAGUGAAGAGCAGCUUCAGGAUGCUCAGCUGGCCAUUGAACGAAGUGUGAUGAAUCGGAUUUUCAAGCUAGCUUUCUACCCUAAUCAGGAUGGAGACAUACUUCGUGACCAGGUUCUUCAUGAACAUAUCCAGAGAUUGUCUAAAGUUGUGACUGCAAAUCACAGAGCUCUUCAGAUACCAGAGGUUUAUCUUCGGGAGGCACCGUGGCCAUCUGCACAAUCAGAAAUCAGGACAAUAAGUGCUUACAAAACCCCCCGGGACAAAGUGCAAUGCAUCCUGAGAAUGUGCUCUACGAUUAUGAACCUCCUGAGCCUGGCCAACGAGGACUCUGUCCCUGGAGCAGAUGACUUUGUCCCUGUGUUGGUGUUUGUGUUGAUAAAGGCAAAUCCACCUUGUUUGCUGUCCACUGUUCAAUAUAUCAGUAGCUUUUAUGCCAGUUGUCUGACUGGAGAGGAGUCCUAUUGGUGGAUGCAGUUCACAGCAGCAGUAGAAUUCAUUAAAACCAUCGAUGACCGAAAGUGACCAAGACCACGGCCCACCAAGUCAGCAGACUGUUGGGCAAACAGAUCUCUUAGAAGAUGUGCCAGCUGUUUUAAAGGCUGAAGAUAGUUUUUGUAUAAUAUUGUACAGCAUUCAGACAUUUUAAAACAAAUCUUUACUAAACAAAUUAGUGAGCUAACAAGCAGGUUCUCUUUUCUUUGGGCUCUUUUCCUUUCUGAAUUGCAUAUUUUAUUUUCUCAUCCCCAAGUGGAGAAUAGUACUGCAAAAAGGGACCACAUUUUUUUUUUAGGUAUUUUAAAAUAUUAAAAAACAGAACAAAAUCUCUUAGAAAAUUCCUAGACCUCCAUUCAUGGAUACCCAUUAUUUUAUUUUAUUUUUAAAAAGAAUAGUACAUCUCUUUUAAGAUGCUAUCUUUAUCUUAUAUGCAUCUAAUGGAAGAAAAAUACCAGUUGCACUGAGGAUUAUAAUAGUGGUGUAUUAGUGGCAUUAUCUAUAAAUACACUCAUCUAAAUUGAAAAGCUAAGAAGGAAAUGUAAAUAUAAUAUAUAUUUAUAUUUGAUGUAAUAUGGACAUCUUCAGAUUCUAAUAAACAAGGAAAAUGCUGAUAGUAGGUUGUGACAUACCCUCUUGUGAAAUUGUUUCCUUGACAAAAUUUAAGCUAAGCUUAAAAGCAGAAAACAAAAAAUACAUACACAGAAAUAUUUAUUAAAGUGGUAAUACAGUUUAUUGAACUUUCUAGGUGUGGAGUUUGAUAUGCAGGGCUGCCUUUGAUCAGUAGAAAAUUCAUUGAGUAAGUCCUUAGACAUCUCACCACGGAAGUUUUUGAGCCUGCACGUAGGAGAUAGACUCUUUAGUUACCAUACAUUGUGUAAAAAGGAACAGUAGAUAAAUACUUUAUUGUGGUACUUCUCAUCUGAAAUACUAAAUAUAACGUAGAAACCCCCAACAGAGCUCCUUACAAACCUUUAAUUGUAAUAUAUUUUUGAUGAUUAUUCACAUUGAAUGCACAGACCAGGAAUUCAGUGAAUGUCAUUUUUUAAAAAACUAAUUUGUAUUGUCUGCUCUAGUGAUACAAGUUUUACUAGUGAUAAACUAUUUUAAUCAACCAUAUUAUUCUUAUGGAAAAAAUAUAUUUUGUCAGGUUUCUGUGCCUUUAUUUCCCUCUUCUGAAAAAAAGGAUAUGUUUCAGUAGUUUGAUUUGCAUUGUACAUCAUUAAUUAAUGAGGAAUGGGUUUUUUGCCUGAGAAAUUGGCCAUGGAGGCACACCAAAGCUUCAAGCACAAAUCUUGUAGGUAGGCCAUCACUGACUGGUUUCACGUUGUAUGUUUCCUAAAUAUGUUUAGCUGCUUUUUUUAACACAGUCUCCUACUUUGGGUCCCUCGUUGUUGGUGGCAUUUCCAGACAUUUUUGAAGGGAGUUAUGACAAAUAACCUCGAGCAGAUGAAUACAGAGUCUGCCUGCUCCCUCUCCCUAUGUGUCUCCUAAUGCCUAAAGAAGCUGGAUUUUCUUUAUGCCUCCACCUCUUCUCAUUCAUUUAUUUUAAAAUACCAAAAUAACAAAUUGCAUAGGAGUGUGGGAUGUGGUUUCUACCUUUUAGGGAGAGAUCAAACUUAAACUAGUACUAUGAAAUGUCCUUUUGAAUGUUAGGUCAAGAAGUCCAUGUACCAGAGUCAUGUGCUUCAUGCUGUCACUGUCAAGCUUGCCUAGGUACUAGGAGUCAAAUCUCAUCACACAUACAUCACAAGACAAACUGCGCGACAUGAUUUCUGAGACCUAGAUGGGAGUCCAUUUACUUCAGUAUUUGAUUCAAUAAAUGUUAACUGAAGACUUUGAGUAGCUGAAAUUCAUUGUUAUGGGAUUUAACUCAAAUCAAUGAGAGAUUAUUUCUUCCCCACAAUGGUUGCUAAUCUAUUCCAUGUUACUACUAUGGAAAUAAAUAUGAAGAUGUGGACAUUGCUCCAGGGCUCUUUUCUGUGGAAGAGAAGGUGGUAGAUUUGGGGUGUGGAGCUACGCUGGAGGCAGGAAACAGGGCUCUGUGGUGCCUGAGCCAGAGGUGAGGGUAGAACCCCAGAGAUUCGGUAUCGGUGACGCCUCUGAGACGGAGGUGGGUGCUGGCAGAGAAGCGCAGCCCAGCAGCUAGCUCCAGGGCCACCUGAGCUUCCCUCUGAGAACACUGUCAGAAGCAGGGACCACUCCGGCAUUACCACCACUGGUUUAAUUUCAUGGCAGGAUUUCUCACAGUGUUGAUUUGUGAAUUUAUGAUUCAGUCACUAUCUGUGGCAGUGGUGGUAUGUGAGAUGGGGUUAGUUUGAGUUCGUUCUCUCAGGAAAGAGAAAUAGUUGUUCUUCAAAUGUUUCUUACUACAUACACUUCCUUCCAGUACUUGUUUUACAUGAAGGAUUAGUGCAAGAGUACAAAAUCACCCCUGGGAAGCAUUUGGUAGCCACCGAUUAUUGCACAGAAUUUACAGUGUGAAUGGAUGUUAAAUGGGGAGAUAGUGGCUCCGCUCACUGGAAUCUUGUGGAAUUAACCUCUCUAAGGAAAAGAAAAAUCAGUUUGUGUUUUGUAGUAAUACUCUGCUUCUGGAAGUAAUAGAAAUACAGAUUGAAGAUUGUCUUUCCUUGUAAAAUUAUUUUUUAAAAAGCCUGGUAAACAUUUUGUUCUCUUUCUUGUGUUUAGGUAAAAUCUCAGCCACAGUAAUUGCUUUAUUCUGCUUUUUCUUUAUAAAAACCUGUUUAUGAAAGCCUUUUUGUACAGAUAAUAAAUUGCCAUAGUAAGAGAAUUAGGCUUUCUGGGAGAUUGAAAAUAGAUGCGAUGCAUGUGGGUUUUUUUUGUUUUUUCUUCCUGUUGUGUCCUGAAAGCCUUUAUUUAAAGUGGACUUUACAAAUACAUGUUCCUGAGGUGCAUGAGCAAGAGAACAAAAACCCAGCCCGAACAGCAGGGAGGCGGCGUUCUUGCCCAAAGACUCUGCAGCCGGCUGUGCGUGCUGGAGCAGGCCGCCUUUUUCCUAUUGCUUGUCAUGGGAACUCCAGUUUGGGCCAAGUAAAAGUGUUUUAAAUAUGAGAACUUUAAAAAUUUCUUUCUCUGAUGUGAUUGGGUGUAAAGAGGAGAAGUAGGAACACACUUGCUCAAAAUUAUUAGUGGGCUGCGAGGACGUGACAGAAACGCUGUGGAGUUAGCCUCCUUGAUUGGUCUGUCCUCAACUUUCUCUCUUCCUGCCUCUCCAUUCCUGCUUUGUUUCUUCAAGGAAAAGUCUAUGUUUUCCCUCUUUGUUGUUCUUUUAAGUUGAGUUUAUUCUGUAUGUAAUUGCUGUAAUUUUGGUGCGGGGGGGAUCAAAAAAAUCUUAAAGUUCAAAGAAUUUUAAGUAAGUGGAUUAAUAGUGAUGAAAUGUUUGAAAUAUUUUAAAUGCCAAAAUGCUUGAGAACUUUGCCAGAUUAAUAAUUACUUAAAAUAUUUUAGAAUGUAGGUUACUUAAGACGUGUAGGAUGACCUGGAAUAGCUUUACUACUCUUGAGAACACCUGGAGAAAUGAAGACACAGUUUGCUUUAGAGUUAAGGUUGUCAUUGAGCUGCAGAGUCACCACGGAGCUGCCGUGUCCCGUAGGCCUGUGCUCAGUAGAGGUUAAAUUCAAGAGAGAGGAAGUCCCCUCGACUUGGGUAAUGGCAGACAGUGUGGGCAGGGGCCACAUGCCUUAAGAAUUUAUCUCUGCCGAGUUAACAUUCUGUCUUGUCUACCGUAUUCUUCUUGUGCUUCGCCUGUAUUAAAGAGCUCUGUACUGCCUCUCCUCUUGAAACUGAUGAAACCUUUAUAUAAGCCUCAAUUGAUGAGCUUGCACAAUCUUGUAUGUGUAGAGGAAACUCAUCCUGUCUCCUAAUGUGAUUACUAAUGUGUGAAAUUCUGUAAAACUGAUUAAAAAGGGAGAGCAGUUUACUUCA